AUGUUCAGCAAGUGCUCCGUUGUGUUAUUGAAUGUCCUCUUUCUGGUGAGUGCGCUCACGGCUCAAGAGUGCACGCCGUGUAGCCUCCGCACUUGUCCCGUCAAAGCCCCACACGGCUGCGAGGGUGGCCGGACCUCAGCCAGGGAUCCGUGCGGAUGCUGCGACCAGUGCGCCCGGCUGGAGUGGGAGCCCUGCGGCGGACGGGACUGGGCGCACGGCUACUGCGCCCUGGGGCUGUCCUGCGCCUCUGUUAACAGAACAGGAGCAGCCGUAAUCCCUGAAACUGGAGUAUGUAAAGCUCUCCCUGAGCAUCCAGAGGCAGGCCUGGAGGACGAGCGCUGUCCCCUGAUGACAGGCUGCGACAAAGCUGGAGGUCAGUGCGUGUGCGAUGCCCGUCACUCCUGCUUGGGCUCUUUCGCCUUCCCAGACCAGGAAACCUGCAUGAAAACCAGCAAGUCAGAGGGUCGAAGGCACGAGCACCGGGAAAGACACAGAGAGAAGUAUGUGGGACCAUCCAACCCGGCCUGCAUGUUCUCUGGGUGUAACCUGACCGCCGAGGGCUGUGUGUGUGAGUCUCAGAGCUGCCACCACCACUUUGCCUACAUCAACCGCAGCCAGUGCCAGGAAGCCGCAGAGGAGCUGAGGUGUUCCGGGGUGAUGUGUCCUGCUCUGCCGGUGCCAUCCUGUCCUAAGGGCUCAGUCCUGACCAAGAGUUACACGCCCCCUGCUGGUUGCUGCCCCUCCAUACUGCCCCAGUGCACUUGCGACCUCCAUGCCUGCACCAAGCCCCAGUGCCAGAGCGGACAGCGCGCCGUGCCGCUCAGCCAGGCCAGCGGCCAGCCAGGAGACUGCUGUGAUGUCUUCGAGUGCCAGAAAGUCUCUCCCAAGUGUGUCCACAAUGGGAAGGAGUUUUCUGAGGGACAGGUGUACCGCAUGGACCCCUGCUGGCUGUGUCAGUGCCGGGGAGGAAUCUCCUUCUGCUCUAAGGCAGAGUGCGCUGAGCUGGACUGUGAAAACUUCUACAUUCCUGAGGGCGAGUGUUGCCCUGUCUGCAUAGAUGUGGAGUUACUGUCGAUGGACAGCACUAAGGCCAGUUGCUGGGUGAACAAUAAGCUGCGAGCCCACGAGGAGCAGUGGAAAGAGGACGACUGCACCUUCUGCCAGUGUGUGGACGGAGAACCCCACUGCACCGCCAUGGCCUGCAAACAGAGCUGCCAAUACCCCGUCAAGAUCCCCGGAGAGUGCUGUCCCUUCUGUGAAGAGCCUUCUUAUGAAACAGUUAGCCCCCUGCUAUGUCCUCCCCUGGAAAACUGCUCCCUGUCAGGGAAUGACUGCCCCUACGGCUUCCAGCAAGACAAAAAUGGAUGUCUGCUCUGCCAGUGUCUCAACAAUGACUCCUGCCCUGACCUGGGAAGAUACUGUUCCCUCCAAUGCCCAAUGGGUUACAAGACGGAUGAUUUAGGCUGUGAGGUGUGCGAGUGCAGCAUCCCCAUGCCCAAGUGCCGCCCCUUGACCUGCACCAAGACCUGCCCCUAUGGAUAUGUGAGGAACAAGCAUGGAUGUGAGAUGUGUCGCUGUGUCAAGUGUCCUCCCUUCACCUGUGACAAGCACUGCAGCGAAGGCUAUAGGCAGAACAGGAAGGGCUGCUCCAUCUGCAUGUGUAAAGAAAGCGGCCAUGUCCCAAGCACUAGCCCGGCCCCGAUUCCCAACUAUUGCCUCACCUCCAAUGGGCACCGGUACGAGGAGGGUGACGGCUGGCACGACGGUUGUCGUGACUGCUACUGCCACGCCGGACGGGAGAUGUGUGUGCUCAUAUCCUGCCCCGUGCCCAGCUGUUCUCAUCCAAUUGUGAGGCCUGACCAGUGUUGUCCUACCUGUGAGGAUGAGUCAGGCAGUGGCCAGCUAGAGGGGAUGGACAUGGUGGUGUGCAGAGCACCUGGGGGGGAGUUUUAUGUGGAGGGGGAAACCUGGAACCUGGACGAGUGCACACGGUGCACCUGCAGGAAGGGACGCGUCCUGUGCGACACCGAAGUGUGUCCCCCGGCUCUCUGCCAGACACCCAUCAGGAACAAGGACACCUGUUGCCACGCAUGCCCAGAGGAGACGCUGAGCCCCUUGCUGCCAGUGAACAACAGCCAGCAGGAGUACUGCAUAACCAGCGAUGGAGACGUGCUGCUGUCUGGGGACUCCUGGAAGGCCAACGCCUGCACCAGCUGCACCUGCAACAACGGCACCAUUCAGUGUUUCUCUCAGCGCUGUCCGGCUGCCAACUGCAGGGUGCCCGUCUUACGCAAGGGCCAGUGCUGCCCACACUGUCUCGAAAUGACAACGUCAGCGCCAGUGAUGGUGUCUACGGACUCCCUCAAGACAACAGCCUCUGUUACAGUGGAGAGUGUGGUGUGGAUCACCACUGUCACUGUACCGCCCAUCAUUGCUGAUACAGAUGAGCGAGGUUUGGUUGAGAAUUACCCCAGUCAAACAGAGAUGGCCGUCAUCUACCAAUCAGCCGCCUGGAUCCUGGCAGGUCUCCUCCUGGCCAUCAUCAUCUUCCUCGCCGUGGCGUUACUCAUCAACAAGAAAAAGAAGUGGGUGCAGAUGUCCUGCUACAGCGCACCAAAGAAGACGGUGAUCCUCAAGAAACACGUCAACAAGAACUCCGUGGUCUACAUGGAGCCCUCCAAGGAGAACAAAUUUCAGAACGUGAAGAACGACUGUGGCAUCAUCCGUUUCUCUCCAGAAAUGAGCUCCAGCUGUACGGACAAGAUGACCAUCCCCAGGGCCAAGCUGAGCAUGGCCAACAACUGGACGCCGCGCUAAAAACAAUGCAAAAAAACGCCGCUCAAACUCUGCAGAUCAGAGCUGUCCAACACCUCCCACUCUCUCUUACUGCUGUAUCCAUGGUGAUAAGUGCAACGGUGCACACACACACACACACACACCUUGGAUGCCGCUGCCUUGUUCCCACCCUUCUGUCUGUGUGAAACUGAGGUUGCUCUGCAAGAGACAAAGCAUGUGACUUGUUUCUUUUUAAUAUGUGCCCAUAUUCUUUUUUUGUGGUGGAGCGAGACGUUGGGAGGUGGACGGACGGGUGGACAUAUAAAGGACACAGCCACUCCGGGCUCUGCUUUAAAAACAGAGAGGGAGGCAGCCAGAGAGCCUCUGUCAGAAUCAGACUUUGACUGUGAACGUUGUAAUAUUAU